CUGUUUUGUGGCAUUCGUUGAAGAGCUUCAGGGAAGAAACAGUUCUACAAAGAGAACACCCUGGGUUGGAAACUCGGACACGACAUGGCGACCGACUCCCCGCGCCGACCCAGCCGCUGCGCUGGAGGAGCGGUGGUGCGAGCGCAGGCUGCUACAGAACAGUCCUACAUGGAGAGCGUGGUGACCUUUCUCCAGGAUGUUGUCCCACAGGCAUAUACUGGUGCACCUCCAACGGAUGAGAAAGAGAAGGUGAUGUGGGUCAGAUUCGAGAAAGCAGAUAUUAAUGAUGUGGGCCGCACCCCUGAAUUUCUGGAGUGUCACGGUGGGGGCGGGGACCCCCCUUUGUGCCUCAUGAUUGGCUACUCCGAUGGGAUGCAGAUCUGGAGCAUAUCGCUGAAUGGAGAGGCCCAGGAGCUAUUCUCAGUGCGCCAUGGCCCAGUGCGAGCAGCUCGAAUCCUGCCUGCUCCACAUAUCAGUCCCCUGAAAACAGACGCCUUCAUGGAGAAGCGACCCCUUCUCGCCGUGUGCAAGGGUAACGGGUCCUCGGGCCCUCCAUAUUGCUGUGUGGAUCUGUAUUCACUGCGCUCAGGAGAGAUGGUCAAAUCCAUCCAGUUCAAAACUCCCAUCUAUGACCUGCAUUGCAACCAAUGGAUUCUUGUCAUUGCUCUGCAAGAAAAGAUUGCUGCAUUCGACAGCUGCACAUUUGCGAAAAAAUUCUUUGUCACAAGUUGUUACCCCUGUCCUGGACCCAACAUCAACCCCGUUGCCCUGGGUGACCGCUGGCUAGCCUAUGCGGAGAACAAGCUGAUCCGAUGUCACCAGUCACGUGGUGGGGCUUGUGGGGACAAUGCUCAGUCCUACACUGCCACCGUCAUCAGUGCUGCUAAGACACUGAAGUCGGGUUUGACAAUGGUGGGGAAGGUGGUGACCCAGCUGGCAGGCACCCUACCCACGGGUGCAUCGGAGGAGGAGGCCAUGUCCCACAGCGGUAUCCGUCGCUCUGCCCACGCCCCGGGGAUCGUCACCAUCGUUGACACCCUCACAGUGGGGGAGGGGCAGGUUCUGGUCAGCGAGGACUCAGAUGGGGAGGGCGUGGUUGCCCACUUUCCAGCACACGACAAGCCCAUAUCCUGUUUGGCCUUCAACCCGAGCGGGAUGCUGCUGGUGACAGCUGACACGCAGGGCCAUGACUUCCACGUCUUUCAGAUCCUGACUCACCCGUGGGCCUCGUCCCAGAGCGCUGUUCACCACCUCUACACGCUGCAUCGAGGGGAGACUGAAGCCAAGGUCCAGGACAUCUGCUUCAGCCACGACUGCCGCUGGGUGGUGAUCAGCACACUGCGCGGCACCUCGCACGUCUUUCCCAUCAACCCCUAUGGCGGGCCGCCGUGUGCGCGCACACACAUGUCUCCGCGCGUGGUGAACCGUGUCAGCCGCUUCCAGAAGAGCGCGGGGCUGGAGGAGAUGGAGCAGGAGCUGAGCAGCAAGCAGGGCGGCCGCUGCAGCCCUGUUCCCACGCAUGGCCUGUCCAGCAGCCCCUCGGGCUCCCCGCUGCACGCCAAACUGAACAGCCAGGAGUCCUACAACAACUUCAGCAACAACAACCAGGGGAAUCCACGCCUGUCCCCCCUGCCCAGUCUGACCGUGGUCCUGCCCCUGGCCCAGAUCAAGCAGCCCAUGACUCUGGGCACCAUCACCAAGCGCACGGGACCAUACCUCUUUGGGGCAGGAUGUUUUGCAAUUAAAACUCCAUGCAAAGCCAAGCCGGCGCCUCAGAUCUCCCCCAGCAAAUCGUCAGGAGGGGAGUUCUGCGUGGCCGCCAUCUUUGCCUCCUCCCGCUCCCGCUACAUUGCCAACCCCAAUGUCAAGAGGGAGAAAGACCAGUCCAGGCAGACGGUGGUGGACUCUCUCUACAUCCUCAGUUGCUACGGUAACCUGGUAGAGCACGUGCUGGAACCACGGCCAAUCAGCACAGCGCAGAAGAUCGGCGAUGACACACCCCUGGAGCUCAGCACCUGUCCGCGGGCCUGCUGGACCCUGGCCAGAACACCCCAGUGGAGCGAACUCCAGCCCCCAUUCAACACCAACCACCCACUGCUGCUGGCCUCUGACCUGGUGCAACACUAUCAGUACCUAUUGUCUGGCUUGGUGCCCCCUGGAAGCCCGGGGCCCAUCACCCGGCACGAGUCCUACGACAGCCUAGCGUCCGACCACAGUGGGCAGGAGGACGAGGAGUGGCUCUCCCAGGUGGAGAUUGUGACCCAUACUGGGCCACACAGACGCCUGUGGAUGGGCCCUCAGUUCCAGUUUAAAACGCUCCACCCGUCGGGCCAGACCACCGUCAUCUCCUCCAGCUCCUCUGUGCUCCAGUCCCAAGGCCCCAGCGAUACUCAGCAGCCCCUGCUUGACUUUGACACUGACGACCUGGACCUACACAGCCUCAGGAUCCAGCCCAUGCGCUCGGAGCCAAUGAGCAUGCCCGGCUCCUCCUCCCGGCUGGCGGCGGAGAGGCGGGGCCAGUCCACCCUCAUCGAUGGAGGAUCAGGGACGUUUGACCGCAGUGUGACUCUGCUGGAGGUGUGCGGCAGCUGGCCCGACAGCUUUGGUCUGCGUCACCUGACCUGCAUGGACGCCACAGAGGAGGGGCUGCGGGAGCGUCUGGCUGAUGCCAUGUCCGAGUCUCCCAGCAGGGAUAUCGUGGGCACCGGGACAGAGCUUCACAGGGAGGGCAGCAUAGAGACCCUGAGCAACAGCUCUGGCUCCACCAGUGGAAGCAUUCCUCGCAACUUCGAGGGGUACAGGUCCCCGCUCCCCACCAACGACAGCCAGCCCCUCAGCCUCUUCCCCACCGGCUUCCCCUGAAACAGGCCUCCAGAGACACUCUCCCCUAUCCAGUUUAACCACAAAAGCAGCCAUGGUAACCAACUGUCAUUUCUGAAGCCAUUGGGGUGUCAGUGUCAGCCUUUCUAAUUCCACCAGAUUUUUCCCACUCCCAGAGCCUUUGGGGUUGAAAUUCACAACCUUCAAUUCAUUUUUGAUUUUCCAGUGGAUUACCCAUGAUUAUCCAUGAGUGAAAAGUGACGCGCAUGGACUAGACUAGAGUGUUAAGUAGACUUGAGUGUCUUUUUUCCCCUGGAUAUGCUCCAGCUCUGGUGGACGGGCUGGUCAGCUGCUUCAUUUGCUGCUUUGAGGGUUUUUGAUUUUUGCUUGUUUCCCAAUGUAGGAGAUAUUUAGUGAGAGAGGAGAGGUGACUGCGGGAUGGGCAUGUCCACUUCUGACCCCACCCAUCUCCACCUGUAUCCUGGCCUUCUCCUCUCACCUAAGCAAGAAGCACACACAUGUGGUAAUCAUGCCCCCGAUCAUCUCGCCAACGCUGACCUGACCUCUGACCUCUGACCUCCUUGCAGGAAUUAACACAUCUCUGCAGACGAGUUAAGGGGUCGCACACUGGGGGCGCCACUGUGUCAGAAUGGAGGACACUGCGGUAGCCGUCCUUACCCUAACAAUCUAAAUCACAGUUCCUCUCAAUGCACAUUGAGAUGCACAAUAUCUGUGACAUAUCUGUUGCUCAUCUGAAAAUAGACUUCACGAUACAUAUUUGACAUGUUUUGAAUAAUCAUGUAUUACAUUCUCUGUGCUAUAGUUAAAGACAAUAUUAACGUUCCAGAAGGCCGUCGCAUUUGGUACCUGUUGCCUUCAGGUGGAACUGAGCCUCUGCUGUUUAUUGUAGGCUAAUUCCAUGUAUAGGCAUCUAGAUAAUUAUGAUUUUUGGCUAGUUUAAUGCCAUGAUGUGUUUGACUUUUGUUUUUUGAUUUUUUUAAGGUAAGGGAGUCCUGUUUUUAAGAAAACUAGUUGCUUAUGUAAUUUUUUUCCUAAAAGGCCAGUUUGUAUGUGAUAUGAUUGUUGCCAUCAUUCAGAUUUGUAUGCACUAGAAUGGGGGGUGAGUGUUUCCAUUGAUUGUCCGGAGAAUAAGUGUGCAGGUUUUAUCAACCUUUCAGUAAGGGGGAGAACCAUGUCACACAAUGGGUUCAAUGGUUUGCAAAAAUGUACAUAAAUACUGCAGUGAUGGAGAAGGGGAGUUCAUGAACCACAAAAUGCACAGAACUAUUGAGCUAGCCGUGGCCACUAAUGAGAACCAGUCAACAUGUUCUGCUGUGAACAGCACAGCAUUUCGGUUGGUUUAAUGGGAGGGGCCUUAACAUAUAGUCAGUAAUUAAGAGGUUCAUGAAGCUCCUGUCUCCCAUCAGUAAUAUGCAGCCAAUAGCAGAGCUCCUCAUUCCCUGUGGAGCGGGAAGACUGGAAAGCACACAGCCAACUAGACAAGGACACUAUAGUCAAAUCAGUGUUGUGUUUUGAUUGGACAGAGUUGAGUGUGUGCUGUUUCAUCGCCUACCUGUGCUUGUUCAUGUUCCUUUGAACAAAAUACAUGUUUUAAAUGACUGAAUUACUGUGUAAAAAUACUGAGACUGAAUUUCAUGGUUAGCUGUAAACCCUUGCAACUAUGUAUAAAGGCAUAA